AUGAUUCUUCCCAUCCCUAUAACGAAUAAGUUAAGUUAUUCGAAUUCAGAUAAUAGUUUGUCAAGUCUAAGUGAUAAUGAAUCGAUUUUCUCUAUCAGUCACUCAUUUGAUGAUUAUGAUGAAGAGCUUUUCAUGAAAAUAGGUAAAUGUAAAAGUGAUUCAUCAUCCAAUAAGAUCAAUAUCUUAAGUAAUUUAGUUAUUGAUAAAUUAAAUGUGGACUUUUUAAAGAAGUUAUCUCCUAAUAACGAUAUCAUAGAAAUAACAAAAGAGGUAGAAUCUAUCAAAUCGGAAGAUUCCGAUGAAUCCUUUGAUUCUUAUGAAUCAGAAAUCGAGUUAGAGGAGAAUUUCGAUGAUUUGCAACAUUUCCACGACAUAGAAUUAACUACAUUUAAUGAAACUCAACCCCAAGAAAUUAUUCAUCACAUUACAAAAGUAAAGAAUAGAGAUGAAAGAAUUAAUUGUAAUUUUCUUAAAUUGUAUGCACAAGAUUAUUCAAGUAGAGUUAAAGGGUAUUUACCCCAAGAUCAUGAAAAUUUCAUAAUUGACAAAAGUUUACAAAAAUUUCAUAAAAAAUAUAAUAUUUAUAAAGUGUCCAAUGCAUCAAAGGACAAAUUAUGGCAAAAUAUCAUCUUGCCUCCAAGAUUAGAUGAAAUGCCAACAGAUAUAGAUCAUAAAGAUUAUGUAUUUGUUGGUAAUGAUAGAGAUAAUAUCAAAUCCAUUGUAAUGAAUGGUAAUAAUAUCCCGUGGAUGAAUAAGAAAUCCAUUAAACCAACAGGUUGUGACGGGAAGUAUUUAAUAAAUGGGUCAAAUCCUAAUUCAGGAAUAACUAAGACUCAAUACACUGUAAAAGGGUGGGUUAAUAAAAGGUGGUUACCUCAAAAUUAG